AUGGCAUUCCACUCAACACUGCUCCCUCUCCUCGGGGGCCUAUUAAGCGCGUUUCUGCUGUAUGCGUUCCUUUUCAUCGGACGACGUGAGAAGGGCCUUCCACCUGGUCCGCCCACGGCACCGAUCAUAGGGAACGCCCAUCAGAUUCCCACCAAGGGUUCAUAUUUGAAGUUCACGGAAUGGUCCAAAACCUACGGUGGGAUCUUCUCGCUCAAACUUGGUCCCGGAACCGCCAUCGUCCUCACCUCCCGCGCCCUCGUGAAACAACUCAUCGACAAGAAAUCCAAUAUUUACAGCGACCGUCCCCACAGCUACGUUUCUCACAACCUAAUCACGGGCGGCGACCACGUCCUGAUUGCGCACUACGGGAAAACCUGGCAAAAAUAUCGCAAAGCCAUCCACCAACACUUUAUGGAAUCGAUCGUGAUGCACGACCAUUUACCUUUGCAACACGCCGAAGCCGCCCAGCUCCUUCGCGACUUCCUUCUCCGGCCCGACCUGCACAUGCUGCAUCCCAAACGGUACACGAACAGUAUCGCCUGUGGAACGAUCUGGGGUGUGCGUACACCUACGGUCGACACGUCGCACAUGCGUCGCUUGUACGAGUUGAUGGAGAACUGGUCGGUCGUCAUGGAGCCAGGCAAUACGCCACCCGUCGAUAUCUUUCCCUUCCUACACUUCGUGCCCGAGCGUGUUUUCGGCAACUGGCGGAGCCGCGCUAGCGACGUCGGCCGCGCCAUGAAUGAGUUGUACAAUGACAUGUUAACAGGGCUCGAAAAAAGACGCGAGGCUGCGGGACCGAAGUUCUCAUUCAUGGACAGAGUGCUCGAUCAGAAGGACAAGCUCGAGUUCAAUCGGCAUCAAUUGUACUUUCUGGGCGGGACUAUGAUGGAAGGCGCCAGUGACACGAGCUCGAGCAUCAUCAUUGCGGCAAUGCAGGCAUUUGCGAAGUGGCCGGAAGUGAUGCACAAGGCACAGAGGGAAAUUGAUAGUGUCAUGGGCGAGGAGAGGAGUCCCACCUGGGCGGACUACGCGAGUCUGCCAUAUGUGGCGGCCACGGUGAAGGAGGCGAUGAGAUGGAGGCCCGUUGUGCCGUUGGCGUUUCCGCAUGCUGUGGAUGAAGAAAAAGACGACUGGAUCGACGGGUACAAAAUUCCCAAAGGCUCCGUAAUUUUCAUCAACGCAUGGGGCAUGCAUCACGAUGAGCACCGGUUCCCGAACCCAGACACAUUCGAUCCAGACCAUUACAAGGGCGUCACGGCGCUGGCGUCUGAGCUGGCACAGGCCUCUAACCCAGAGGAUCGCGACCACUAUGGCUACGGCUCUGGGAGACGAUUGUGCCCUGGCAUCCACCUUGCGGAACGGAAUUUGUUCCUGGCAAUCUCCAAGUUGCUGUGGGCGUUUGAAUUUGCGCCGGGUAAGGAUGAGAAUGGAAAACCAAUCAUCCCAGACACGAACCCGACGACGGGUUAUAGCGAAGGGUUCCUGGUUUGUGCCAAGGACUACGCUUUGGACGUCAAGGUGCGAUCUGAGAAGAUACGUGAGACCAUUCUCAAGGAGUAUGAACAAGCAGAGAAGGAUGUGUUUUCGUCGUUUGACGGCUAG